CAAACACAUCAAUGUUUUCAUUUGGACUCAACGGGUUUUCGGAUUUCCUCAUUUUCGCGCUUAUUUUCGUGGGUAUCAUUGUAGGUUAUUACUAUAGACAACUCAAAAUUCAGCAAGAAAGCAGGUUAGAGUUUGCCGAGAAAAACGUUCUUGUUGUAACGGCCCAUCCGGACGAUGAGUGUAUGUUUUUCUGUCCCACCAUUUUGAAUCUCAGGCGAUGUUCCACUAGUCAUCUUCUGUGCCUCUCAACUGGUAAGAGCGUAAAUUUCAUCUCAUAUUAGUUACAAUUCCCCUACAACACUCUACCCCACCCCACCCCUCCAACACUUCGUUUUUUUAUUUUCCCACUUAGGAGGGCCAUUCCAUUUUAAUACCAGCCACACCCCUACCCUCGCUAUACCCUCGCUUAAACGUGUGCUUUUAGCCAAUCAGAAUCGGGAAAAUAUUUUGAAUGAAUAAUAAUAUUUAUUAUUUUGCAUUGAUUGUCUCUUCUUAUCCCAGGUAAUUACUACAAACAAGGCAAGAUAAGAAGACAGGAGUUGGUAUCAAGCUGUGGCAUCCUUGGAAUUCCUUCCAAUCAUGUGACCUUAGUUGAUCACAGGUAAACUAUUUACAUAACUACACAGACUAGUUAUUAUGUCAACUGAUAAUAAUAGAAGUCAAAUGCAACCUUAUGGUUGUGUUGAAAUUUGGGUGCUUUGCAAAUAAAGAUGAAUCCAGGUAAAAUUAUGUAUUCUGUAUGUAAGGAAGGAUACCUUACUUUACUUUGACUAUACAGUUCCCUUCCAGAUGACCCACAAGUGGAGUGGAAUACUAAGCUUGUUGGCAGAAUUAUUGCUGACCACAUCAAGAUCAACAGAAUUGAAGUGGUAAGCAUUUCUUUUACAGACAUGACUUGCCAUAUUUACUUAUUAUCGCACGCUGGCAAGCCUUAUGCGAGCCAGCAAACUAUUCUCUGCAAUAGGGGGAAAAAGCCAAAAUUUGUCCGAUGUAAUAUCAGAAGUAUGUGCAGUCGAUUGGUUUUCUUUUUAUCCUGGGUCUCAGGAGAAAAGAGAGGAAAGGUGCAAAGUAAACCAGCUUUGCAUCUAAAGCAAAUGGUACCACAUGCAAUUAAGGCAUUGAAUUUUAUCGUUGUGUCAAAAUCGCUGCCUGUUGAGGUAAAUUCAGCUGAGAAUUUGGCCUUGAAGUUGAAGUGAAAGUAAAGCUUGGAACCAUAUGGAUUCAAAAUGUGUAUUGUUCUUUGAAGCCAACCCCUCCCAACCAUUCAACUGUAAAAUUAUUUGACUGUUGCCAUCGCAAAUGCCUGCUAUCCAGGCUACUGUCCAGUCCAAUAUAUUGGUAAUGAAAUUGUGUUAUAUAAUUUUUGGCACAAGUAUUGCCAAAUAGACCUUUCAGCCAGUGAGUUGUGUUUUCCCAUCGAUUUUUCAGACCAUGUGAUGUUGGGGAGGGAGGGAGUUGGCCUUAGAUCUUGUUACAAAAUAAAUUAUGGAUACAUAUACAUGUUAAUAGGACAACAUUUGAAAGACUGCUCUCUGGAGUAACAUCACAUGGUUUGAUAUGGGUAAACAAAAGUUACAAGCUAAAAGAGGUCUAUCCAUAAUUCUGAACUGUCUGACUGUCUCUUUGCCCACAAUAGGUUCUAACUUUUGACUCUUAUGGGGUGUCAGGCCACACAAACCAUAUUGCUAUUUAUAAAGCACUAAAGAGACUGAAUGAUGAAGGGCUGCUGGAGAGUAUUGCCAUUUAUACACUAAGCAGCACAAAUUUAUUGAGGAAGUACAUCUCAUUACUGGAUCUUCCCCUUAGUGCUUAUUCAAAGUAAGUAUUGUCAAAAGUGGACUAAAAUAAAUAGACUAAAACCCAAAUCAACCCUUUUCAACUCAACUUUCACUUAAUGUUGAAUAAACAAACAGCUGAGGUCUAGCUUCUUCAUUGUUGUGGUGAAUGUGUCAAAAUAAAAUUAAUUCCAAGAUGAUGAACCUGUGGUUCACCUAGGCCCAGGCCCCUAAUUUAUUGAGUUACAUGGAAACAAGGACAUAAUUCCAUUUCCAAUCAGGCAUACGUGCUGUGACCAGAGUCAGUCGUACAAAUGCUUCCAUGACGUGGAUAGCAAGUCCUUUGGCUUACUUCUAAUACUCAAACUAUAACAACUAACUACUGAUAAAAUGUUUUAGAAAAAGAACUUUCCAGUUUGUUGAGUGGUAGAAAAUUUAUUUUUUUGCUAAACUAACUGGUCUUGGGGUUAGACGGAGCACAUUUUUACUAGACCAGCAUGAAGUCCUGGGGUAGUGGACCAGCGUUAGUGAUGAACGCUGAUUCCUAUACUUCAUUCAUUAUUGGUGAAGACUGUUCAUCACCAUCGCCAUCAUCAUCAACCUUACCAUCAUGAUUAUCGUCAUAAACAGUAAUUAAAUAAAGCAAGUAGUAUUUGAAAAAUAUUAAUGGGAAAUUUUGAUGUUACUCCAUAUUUAGGCAUAUGUUUCUUUCAAGUCCUCAGCAGAUUGUUUUAGCACAGGUGAGGGUUUUUUUCGAAUCCAUGUUACUAAAUUAUUAUGGAAAUGUAACACUAAUAACUGAAAUAAAAUGCAUAUGAGUUAUAUGAAUUUUUUUUUCAACAGAAAGCCAUGCAUGCUCACAGAAGCCAGUUGGUUUGGUUUAGAAAGCUAUACAUUUUGUUCUCACGGUUUAUGAUCAUCAACACCCUCGAAGAGCUAACCUGAAAAACUGAGUUGCAUUUUAAUUUGCUCCAGUUUGGUUCUACAAAGUGUCGUAACCUCUCUGUUAAUACCAAGAACACGGCAGGAUGAUCUGUAAGAAAGAAUGCCAACAGUAACAAGAUGACUCAACAUUGAAUUGAGCUUAGUAGCGACUCCAUAAUUUUGUUUGCUUUGGCUUGGACAGUGAAAACUAAAAAAAUCAACACAACAUCCUGUUGUUACAUUACGUGGACAGGAUGUGCACAAGUCAGUAGUCACAAGUGACAGAGAAGUAAAGUAACUUAUUAUGAAAUGCACGAAGUACUAAUCAAGUCUUGUAUAUUGGCCUAAAAGGAGAUAUACAUUGCAGUGUCUUUUACUAUUACCCGUUAGGCCCAGUUAAAAAGUUGAACUUUUCAUGUACCGAUAUUAAUACAGU